UCUUUGCUUCUUUUUUCGUAAGCUUUUUACCUUUUCCCUCUCCCUCUCUCCCCGUCGUUUCCUCUGCUUCAGUUUCUUUUCAUAACAAGCAAGACCAACACGGAUCAAAUCGAAAUUUAGGAGAGAAAAAGAAAAAUAUUCUUAGCGUAUCGCAUCGAUUUUGCCUUUUCGGUUGAUACCCAUUCUCUCUAUUUCCCUUAUUUCAUCAAGAGAAAAAAAGGGUUUCUUUCGGGGUUUUUUUUUUUUCCGGUGGGAGAGAAGAAGAAAUGGCGUCAAACAUUGGCAUAAUGGAUAGCGCUUACUUCGUCGGACGAAACGAGAUUCUCUCCUGGAUUAACAAUCGGCUUCAGCUGAAUCUCUCUCGUAUCGAAGAGGCUGCAUCUGGUGCUGUGCAGUGUCAGAUGAUGGACAUGACCUUUCCAGGAGUUGUUCCAAUGCACAAGGUUAAUUUUGAUGCAAAGACUGAGUAUGAGAUGAUACAAAACUACAAGGUCCUUCAAGAUGUGUUCAACAAACUGAAAAUCGAAAAGCACCUUGAAGUCAACAGGCUCGUCAAAGGCCGGCCAUUGGAUAACUUGGAGUUCCUGCAAUGGCUGAAGCGUUACUGCGAUUCAAUAAACGGUGGCAUCAUGAACGAGAACUAUAAUCCGGUGGAACGAAGAUCGAGAGGUGGAAAAGAGAGGAGCCUCAAGUGUUCGACUAAGACAUCAAAGUCACUUCAAACAAACAAUAUGCAUAAUCCAGGGACAAAGCAAGGGAAGGGGCAUACAGCUGCUGCUGGAGGGAGCAACUCCUCAGCCGAGGUUCAGGCUUUGUCAAAGGAGCUUACAGAGAUGAAGCUCUCUUUGGAUCUGUUGGAGAAAGAAAGAGACUUUUACUUCUCAAAGCUCCGGGACAUAGAAAUACUCUGCCAGACUCCUGAAAUCGAACAUGUCUCUAUAGUGGAAGCGGUGAAGAAGAUAUUGUACGCAACGGAUGAGAACGAAUCCGCGCUAGAAGAAGCUCAGGAGUAUCUUUGCCAUUCCCUUGGAGUGGACGACGGGGCCGAAGAUGCAGCUGCUGAAGAAGAAGAAGAAGAAGCCAGAGCCUAAAGGCUUCUCUGACUUGAUAAGCCUCUCUUUGGAAAAGAGGUUUCUCCGGAUUCUAGUUUCCGAGAUUGGCAUAUGAUGAUGAUGAUGGGCCUUGACCUUAUCUCCCGACAUUCUCACUGGUAGAGACAACAUUUGUCUCCACAAAACGAUCAACUGUUUAAAACUGUCAAUGACUCAUUUCUCAACUCCAGAAGAACAAGUAGUCAUUGCUAAAUGGGAAGGAAUCAUAUAGAGAGAGAUAGACCAUUUUGAUGGCAAAUUUCAAUAACAAA